CGUCACAAUGCAGCAGACUUGAGCGGGCCGUCGUGACGCUGGCGUUCACACCAGCAGCAACCCAACCAUCAUCCUUGCCCGUGACAAACGUAGGCAAUGCCCUCGCUCGUCCUUGCGCAUGGUGGUGUGCAUUGAGUACUCGUGUGUCUCGGCUUGCUUCACUUUUCCCCACUGCUUCAUCGCUCAAGGUGCCAUCUCACGUGCGUGCAACGUGCUUGCAACGUGCUAAUAGAACUCAAUUCGAUCUAAUAGAAAGGGAAGGCAUAACAUCGGACAACUCCGCUCUUGCCGUCUGCCCGUACCGCUGGGCGAACCUUCUCACUCUUGACGAUCAUCUUCAAUUCUAUAGCAUCGAGGAACGUAUUCGAAUAUCACCGGCGGUGAGCGAUGUCGCGGCGAGAGUACCCCGUCGCUGACCGCUAUGAGGAACGGGAGAGUGACUUCUACCGCCGCCCACGGAGGGAUCGAGACUAUGAAGAGCUGGAUAUUGAUAUCACUCGAGCUAGAUACCCUGAGUCACGUGCGCCAAGGGCAGAGACGGUGGUGAAGGAACGGGAUACUAUUAUCAAUGACCGUCGCACUGAGCGUGGGCCCAAGCAGCCGGACUUUCUCCGCGAAGAUUAUGGCAAGUCAACAGCAGGCCCAUUGGUUCUAAGGGUGGAGAGGGAGGAAGACACCUACAGCCGAGCUCCGACAAGACGGCGAAGUGUGGAGAGUGUGAGGUCGAAGCCAGCGGAGCGAGUGCAGAGAGACGAGAUAGUCAUCCGUGAGCGUGAGCGAGACCGAGGACCGCCCUACCCUCGCAGCGACCGAGACUUCACCGAGAGGGAUGAGGUGAUUUUCCGUGAGCGUGAUAGAGAGAGGGCACGAUCACGGCCACCGCCACGGGAGCGAGAGGACGAGGAGAUUGACAUCAAGAUCAAGCGGCGGGAGGAAUCGAGAGGCCCUCCUGCGCGUAGCGAGUACCGUGAGCGGGAUGUGGAAGAGAUCCGCUUCCGUCGAGGUGGCGGUGACAGGCCCCCGCCUUCCCGCGAGGAGGUGGAGAGAGAGGAGAUACGCAUCACGGACACUCGCUCACCGCCAUCACGUAAUGAAGGCAGAGGGCGCGAGGUUGUCAGAGAGGAGAUUGAGAUCCGGGACGAGCGAAGCGCACCUGCACCGGAACGUCGAGGCAACAUUGUCGCACGAGAGCACGAAGAAUGGAUUGUUCGUCGACGGCGUGAGCCGUCACCACCACCUCCUCCGCGAGACUACGAGAAAGAAGAGAUCAUAAUCCGCAGGAAAGAGCGAUCUCCAAGCCCAGAACCUCCUCCACGCGAACCGACUCCGGAGCCAGCUCCACCACCUCCGCUUGAACCUAUCAUUAGACCACCUAUCAUUCAAGAAGUCAUCACUCACCAUCGGCAUAUUGAUCAUGGAGUCGAGCGUGCACGCUCACCAACGCCGCCUCCGCCACCCGCACCGCCAAGCCCACCACGUGAGGAUAAUCUUGAGAUUGAGAUUCACCGCCAAGGCGUCCGUAACGGCAAGGCGUACGACGAAGAUAUCAUCUUCGAGCGCGAUGUCAAGGAAGGCGGUCGCAGAGACCGCGAGCGUGAAGCUCCUCGCAACGUUUCUCGGCGCCGCUCCCUUAGUGCGAGCACGCGGCAGUCGAAAGCCGUCAGCCGACGGUAUCACGAUUCCGACGAUGACGACGAUGAUGUUGUCGCCGAAGCGGAGUACUACAACCGCAAAGUCCGCGAGCGAGCAUAUCCGGGCGAAGCGUACAAUGGCGCAACCAAGGACUGGGCGCUUGUAGACGUGCCGCCUGGAACGGAGCGCGUGCGCAUGGACGGUGUCGGCGGUGGUGCGCAGGAGAUUACAUGGGCAAGGUACAACGGUGAGCGGCGAGGCAAGUUUAUCACCAACGACAGGGCGUAUGAGGCUGAGUGGGGUAACGGAGGCUACGAGCCUCCUCCACGACCUGCUCCGCCGCCAGCCCCUACGCGAGAGGAGAUUACAAUCACUGAGCGCCGAAUUACCGAAGAGACUUCACGGGGCAAGACGAAAGACAAGAUGUGGACCGAGAUCACGAAAGACCUCGUAAUCAAGGAGGCAAUUGACGAGAUGGGUUACGAGUACGAAGACACGACUGACUUUUUUUACGUCAUGGAGUAUUUGAAAUAUGAGGACGUGCUGCACCUCGUCGAGCUUACAGAAGACAUCCGCCGCGAACGGCGCGAGCGGAUCCGCGAGAUUCAGUGGGAGCGCGAGGAGCUGGAGCGCUUGCCGAAGCUGCUGCCACCGCCCCCUCCGCCCGUUCCGGCUCCUCCAAGAGGCAAGUACGACGAGCGGAUCUACGAGCGUGAGUACAUAUACGAUCGCGACGGACGGCGGUAUCGCUAGGACACCACCUACGGUACGGAAGCGAACGAAGCGAGACAGUGCGAGACCGGGAGACUAGCGUUCAGGUGAUGUGUGGC